AUGUUACCAACAAAUAUCACGUUCUACAUUGCUCGGGAAGAUAAGGUAAAUGGAUCAGAUUUUGAACCGAAUUCUGCGAAUGUGACAUUCGAAUACAGCGGCAAUCAGGAGUUCCGGAUCUAUCAACUUGAGCCAAAAAGCAGAUAUAAAAUUCGAGCUCAGGCUACCAAUGAAGCCGGUGUUUCCGAACUGAGUGAUCCGGAACUCAUUCUCACUACCGCUCCUUGGACACCAGAGGCGCCAAAUGAUAUAAACUACGACUGCUCUAAAGCCUGCAGUUUGGUGUGGGAUGAGCCGAAUGAUCGUGGCUCGCCUAUUAUUGCUUAUAAACUAAUUCUGAAAGAGAUUACACUGACUGAACCGGUAAAUGUUGGCACUUAUACUCACUGA